CUGGCGGGAGACCCCAAGGAAGCCUCGGUUCUCUGAGCGGAAGGAAGAGACCCGCGAGAUGCCACCCCAGCUGCCCAACAGCGCCGACUGCGCGGCCAAGGUGGUGCAGGGCGACCUGGCCAGCCUGCCGCGGGCGGUGCGCGAGUUUGUGGAGGCGAGCGCCACGCUGUGCCAGCCCGACCACAUCCACAUCUGCGACGGCUCCGAGGACGAGAACCGGCGGCUGCUGGAGCACAUGGAGGAGCAGGGCGCCGUGCGGCGGCUGAAGAAGUACGACAACUGCUGGUUGGCGCUCACGGACCCCCGGGACGUGGCCAGAGUGGAGAGCAAGACGGUCAUCAUCACCAAGGAGCAGAGGGACACCGUGCCCAUCCCCAAAUCCGGCCCCAGCCAGCUGGGAUGCUGGAUGUCGGAGGAGGACUUUGAGAAGGCGUUCAAUGUCCGAUUUCCGGGGUGCAUGAAGGGGCGCACCAUGUACGUGAUCCCGUUCAGCAUGGGGCCCCUGGGCUCGCCGCUGGCCAAGAUCGGCGUGGAGCUGACCGACUCGCCCUACGUGGUGGCCAGCAUGCGGAUCAUGACGCGCAUGGGCGCCGCCGUGCUCCAGGCGCUGGGCGACGGGCCGUUCGUGAAAUGUCUGCACUCGGUGGGCUGCCCGCUGCCCCUCAAGAAGCCUCUCGUCAACAACUGGGCCUGCAACCCCGAGCUCACGCUCAUCGCACACGUGCCCGAGCGCCGCGAGAUCAUCUCCUUCGGCAGCGGCUACGGCGGCAACUCGCUGCUUGGCAAGAAGUGCUUCGCCCUCAGGAUGGCCAGUCGGCUGGCCGAGGAGGAGGGCUGGCUGGCCGAGCACAUGCUGAUCCUGGGCAUCACCAGCCCGCAGGGCCAGAAGAAGUACUUCGCGGCCGCCUUCCCCAGCGCGUGUGGGAAGACCAACCUGGCCAUGAUGAACCCCACGCUCCCGGGCUGGAAGGUGGAGUGCGUGGGGGACGACAUCGCCUGGAUGAAAUUCGACCAGCAAGGUAACUUAAGGGCCAUCAAUCCAGAAAAUGGGUUUUUCGGGGUUGCUCCGGGGACCUCCGUGAAGACGAACAUCAAUGCCAUUAAGACCAUCCAGAAAAACACCAUCUUCACCAACGUGGCCGAGACCAGCGACGGCGGCGUGUACUGGGAGGGCAUCGACCAGCCGCUGGCCCCGGGCACCAAGGUGACCUCCUGGAGGAACAAGGAAUGGAGCCCCGCGGACGGCGAGCCCUGCGCCCACCCCAACUCGAGGUUCUGCACCCCGGCCAGGCAGUGCCCCAUCAUCGACCCUGCCUGGGAGUCCCCCGAAGGGGUCCCCAUCGAGGGCAUCAUCUUCGGAGGCCGCCGGCCUGAGGGGGUGCCCCUGGUGUACGAAGCGCUCAGCUGGCAGCACGGAGUGUUCGUGGGGGCGGCCAUGAGGUCCGAGGCCACAGCUGCUGCGGAGCACAAAGGCAAGGUCAUCAUGCACGACCCCUUCGCCAUGCGGCCCUUCUUCGGCUACAACUUCGGCAGGUACCUGGCGCACUGGCUCAGCAUGGCCCGGCGCCCGGGCGCCAAGCUGCCCAGGAUCUUCCACGUCAACUGGUUCCGCAAGGACAAGGACGGCAAGUUCCUGUGGCCGGGCUUUGGCGAGAACUCGCGGGUCCUGGAGUGGAUGUUCCGGCGGAUCAGCAGGGGCGACGGCGCCAGGCUCACGCCCAUCGGCUACAUCCCGGAGGAGAAUGCCCUGAACCUGCAGGGCCUGGGCCCCGUCGACCUCCAGGAGCUCUUCCACAUCUCCAAGGAGUUCUGGGAGAAGGAGGUGGCCGAGGUGCAGAAGUACCUGCAGGAGCAGGUCAAUGCCGACCUCCCCAGCGAGAUCCAGGGGGAGCUCCUGGCGCUCAAGCAGAGGAUCAGCCAGAUGUGAGCCGACCCCGACGGCCCCCCCAGAGAGCCCCCAGCCCUCCCCCCACACCCCCCGCCCCCGCCCUUUCCAGUGCAGAGGAGAUCCUGGGACCAGAGGAGGGAGUUUCCAGAAUCGGCACCGCCGCUGUAAUGAACACGCCCACGAGCAGAUCCGAGACACGCUUUAAUCUUCCAGAUAGGACCGCAGGAUACAGGCUGGGAACUGAGUUUGGGAGGGAAAUCUUCACACGUCCCCAAGAUUCACUGUCCAGUGCACGUCGGCUGAGGCCCGAGGACCUGCUCCCGUUCGAUCUUGUGUUUCUGCUUUAGCUAUGUCAGUGAGCCGGAAUGCGCGAGAAAAAUACUUGAGCUGUAUAUAUGUGCGUGCACACAUGCACGUGUGUGCAUGCACAUGUGUGUAUCUGUGUGUGUGUGUGUGUGUGUGUGUGUGAGAGAGAGAGAGAGAGAGAGAGUUCUGCUAUCAAAACCAUAUUUAAUACCUUUGGAAGAAUCUUGGGCAACAUUGCUACUAGUUUUUGCUAAAUGAAAUGUCGCUUUAUUAUUAA